CAAGGCCAUCAAAGUAUUAAUAUAGAUACUGCAGGGUGUCAUUCGUUUAAGCAAUUGGACUUCAAGGAAAUGCAGAAUUCUUGAAACUGCACCCCGUGAAAUCUUCCUGCAGCAUACACUAACCGAUAUUCUCCAUUCACCCAACAGUCAAUUGUUUUUAUUAUCACGUAAAUUAGUAAAUUCUUGAUCACUAACCGAUUGUCUCCGUUCACCCCACAGUCAAUGGUGUUCAUCACCAUUCUUCUGUUUGCCGUGGCCUACAUCUUUGCCAUAGUGGGUGUGGUGUUCUUCGAAUCCUAUUCCAUUCCUGACAGACCUGACCUCAACUACCAGCACAGCUUCAGCUCCCUACCGAGGGCUCUGCUGACACUAUUCCAGCUGUUCACCCUGGACCAGUGGGUGGAUAUCCACUCGGACCUGGUGGCGGUCUCCAACAGGGCAUUCACCAGCACCUACAUCCUCCUCUGGGUCUGGGUGGGCGCCUUCCUCUUCAGGAACCUCUUCGUUGGGAUCAUGGUCAACAACUUCCAGACCAUCACGGCAGACCUGUUCCGGAGGCAGGAGUGUGUGGAGCAGUCUGAGGAACUGGCGAGGAUGAAAGAGGAACUGGACAAUGAGAUUAACAAGCAUGACAACCGUAUGCACAGACCACACCUGUUUCCAUCAGUGGACUCUAUUCAACAGGCAACCAGGUGCAUAUGUUUGCAUUUGCUUACCAACAUACAUACAUACAGC